GGCUGAGCGUGGCCUCUGGGAACUACUACUGCAGAGAGAGUCCUCUAAGGAAAACUGAGGAAAGAGCACCUGCUGAACUGCCCGGUUGUGUGUUCAAGGCUACUUCCAGUUCAGUGCCCAGGGCCUCUUGAAGAGGAAUCAGUCUUGCAGGAGCUGGAGAGAAUUCCUGGGACUCUCGAUUGAGCGAGUUUUGUGUGUGGAAAGCUCCCAGAAGCAUCGACCCGGCAAGUCUCAAGAUGAGAUAGAUCGGUCAUUCCUUGAGCCUCUGUGGCCUAACGAGGGACCCGAAACCCAGAAGGACCGAAGUGCACUUCCGGGAAGAUGGCGACACCCACGCCUGGCGUGACACGUGCUUCCACGGAGAGGACCGCGCACUGAAGGAUGGUACCACAUCUUCCCUGGUGAGAAUCUGAGGACAAAGACUCUCUGCCAGCCAUGAGUGUCACCCCAAAGGUCAAGAGUCGUGGGAUGAAGUUUGCUGAAGAGCAGCUGCUAAAACAUGGAUGGACUCAAGGCAAAGGCCUGGGCCGAAAUGAGAAUGGCAUCACCCAGGCCCUCAAGGUGACGCUGAAGCAAGACACCCAUGGGGUGGGACAUGACCCUGCCAAGGAGUUUACAAACCACUGGUGGAGUGAUCUCUUCAACAAGACUGCAGCCAGCUUGGUAGUGGACACAGGGAAGGACGGAGUGCAGAUAAGGCGCCUUUCCACGGAGACUACCCAGCGUAAUCACCCCAAGCCCAAUCUGCUGUACCAGAAGUUUGUGAAGACAGCCACACUAACCUCAGGGGAGGAGAAGCCUGACAGAGCGAGCAGCAGUGGUGACGACAGCCAUAAGCCUAUGCCUCCAAAGAUUCUGACUGAUGAGAUGCUACUCAAAGCCUGUAAGGGGCGAACAGCACACAAGGCUGCCCGGAUUGGAAUCACAAUGAAGGCCAAACUUGCUCGCCUGGAGGCCCAAGAGCAGGCCUUCCUGGCUCGGUUCAAAGGCUCAGAGGAUGUGGGGACCUGUCAACCACAGGCUGACAGGGAGCCCUCCCGAAAGAAGAAAAAAAAGAGGAAACAGAGAGAGGAGGAAGAGGCUGUAACACCUGAAAAGAACGUAGGUGAGGCGCUCCUAGAAUACACUGACCAGAGCGUUAAGAAAAGCAGGAAGAAGAAACGGAGGCGGAAAGAAGAGAAAGAGGGAAUGGCUAUAGGAAGUGGGGAGGAAGAGGCUGAAGGAGAAGGGGGGCCUAAAGAGCUGAGCACAAUGCAGUCUGAUCAGUCAUCUAGGAAAAAGGAGAAAAAGAGGAGGCAGCACCAUGAAGAAGAGGGGAAGAUGGGAGUCUGUGAUAAAGGAGGCAGAGAUAUGACAGGCAGGCCAAAGGCAGCGGACAGUGGAGCGGGCACAGACCCGUGGAGAAGCAGCAAGAAACUGCAGCACUGUGGGGAGGUCUUGGACACCCAAGCUGAAGAAGGGAAGGAUGGCCUAACAAAAGGAGAGAGAAAGGUCAGAAGAGGCAAGAAGAAAAGACAGAAGUGUCGUGAGGAGGUGGUCUUGGACGUAAGCGAUAAAGAUGAUGACAGCAGGACUUGGGAAGUAGAGAAUGAAGGUGAGAGAAGUCAGGCACAUCCAAAGGAGAGAGCUGGCAUCAACACUGACCAGAGAGCUAAAAAGAAGAAGCAGAAGAGGGACCGAAGGUCUCCAGUGUAGCCCUGCUGACUCCUCUUCAGGGGUAGCCUGGGUUUGCCCCUCUGCAAGCAGCUAAGGAGCACCAGUCCGCUGAGGAAAGCGAAAGCAUUCAGUGCUAGCUGAGGGGUAGACAUUCCCUGAACAAUGUCCUGUCCAGAAAGUACAGACCCUGGUGCCCAGCUAAAGGAUGAUGGAAGAGAAAUUGGGGUAGGAGUUUCUAUUUGAAGAAGUGUCUCUGGUAAAGUCUGAAAAUGUAGACUUAUGUGAAAAGACAGUUUGUUUUGUUAUUUGAGACAGGAUUUCUCUAAUAUAUCUCAUGCUUUCCUAGAACUCAGAGAUCCACCUGCCUCUACCUUGGCCUGUACUACUAUACCCUGAAGAAUGUUUUCAUUUUUAAAUACUGUGAAGAUUAAGAAAAACAUACAUUUAGAUGUAUGGGCUGGGUUAGCCUUCCAGACUGCCUGUUUCUAAUCAUGAUUAAAUGAGAGCUUGGCUCCCAAGCCUAUAGGUCAUUCCCAGUUAACAUCAUCAUUUCCAGCAUGUGAAGUUCUGAAAACAAAUUAGACGGCCCUUGGAGACUUUUGAAGAAACUCUGUUACCCUCUUGGGGUCUCGCUACAAUGCUAAGCUGAGUUUGUUUAGAGGUAUCAUUCCUGGGUAAAGGCUAUCACACCUGAAAAUAACAAUGGAGUUAUUUUCUAUUGCUUACAAAUGCCUGGUCUGUUUCCGCAAGCAAAGUGUAGCCUGCUGAUGAAUAUUAAGGCCAGAAGACUCCAAUUUGAAGAGACGGCACCAAGCCUUUAUUAGAAAGCUGCCCGCCCACCUCCCUUACUGUAAACGGUAGACACACUCUGUGUCAGGGUAGGACGGGAGGUUUAGCUGGUACUUCUUUUCUAGAGCAGGUGGUACAAAACGUCCCCCCAGGUAAUGAUACCGGCCAGUAAACUGGGUUGCAGACUUCUUGGGAGCUGUCAGUGAGAUGAGUAAGUCUGGUUGGAUUCCUCCAGGGUUUCCUUUCUCUACAUCCCAUCCUGAAGAGAGAAAGUGGUAUGAGGAAGUAAAGAUGGUCUAGUCCUUAUGAAUAGGUAAACUCUUAGUCUCAGUACUAUUGGGUUUGGGUUUUCCCACAGGGUCAGCAUGAACUUUGCUCCCCAGCCCUAAUGUGGGGCAUGGAAAGGUACAUUCAGAUUAUUUUAGAUCUGGUCUAUACUGUGGAUCAAGAAUCCAGUCCUCUGGGUACCAGCCUGAAGACAAGGUGGAACACCAGACCCCCGCACCAUCUGGGUCCCAGCACCUGAGGGAAUGUCGAUGCUAGCAAUAGGCACAGUAAGUCCACUCAGGACACUCAAGAUGCUGUGGAAUGGCUCCCGAACAUCACCCUUGAAGCUGAAACCAAAGAUGGCGUCCACCACCAGUUCAUACAGUUCAUCAACCAUCAUGGGCUGUAGGGGAGCAGGAAGAAUGUCAGGAACUGUUGUCACAUAGGAAGGGCUGUCCCUGCACCCACAGACCACAGAGGUAUAGAGAUAAUUGCUUCCUAAGGUGCAGACUGCGGCCAUUCUGAAUUCAGGCAUAUGUUCUAUUCUGAGUGCCUGCCUGCCUGCUUCCUUUGGGGAGAAAGGGGCUGACAGUGUAGGGAGCCUGAGCCUGGAAGCCAGAAGGGACCAAUUCUGCCUUAGCUUUGCCUUGUUCCGAUUCUGUGAUUCUGGGCAAACCGUUUCUCUGCAUGUCAAUAUCUCCAUCUAUAGAGUAAGUUAAUUCUUUAAAUUUCAGAUUUCCCACCCCUAAAUCCAUGAAUCUACAGAAAAGGCUUAGGAUGAGGCCCUGAGGGUCAGGUCUAUGAUAACUGCACGCUGGGGGAGAAAGCUGACUGCAGAACAGGGGUGCCCGGAUCUGCUAGUGUUGGGAAGUGCUGGAGCACACACUAUGGAGGGGCUCCUACACUGCUGCUGCUACUUGGAGAGCAACUUUUAUGGCAGGCAACUCGGUCUGAAAACAUGAAGGGAAGGGCAGAGGCAGUACUUACUGGGGAGAUGAGAUAUAAGCCACCUACCUCUGGGGGCAUUUCACUAAGGAAAGGAAUGUCCAUUUUCUGACACUGAGUCACUAGCCCAGUGAAGAGUGGCUUGUUAGGUUUUUUGGGGUAAUAGAUAGUUGGCUGGUAACC